AUGGAGGCAACUCAGGAAUCCACCCAGCCAUGUACGGAUCCGCGGCGCAUGGGAUACAACAACUCCGGUCUGCACGAGGAGGACCUGUCAGAUAUCAUUUGCAUCCUGCAUCCGAAUUCCCCAGCCGCCCAUCAGGCAGUCGCCGUCACGGCCCGUCAUGCACCGCAGCACAUCCUUCAACGACAAGAGCUCGAGUAUGAAGAUUCAGACACUGCCGCGCUGGAUAUCGCCCUCAGAUUGUCAUCAAACGUGCACGAUCUUUCUGCGGGAUUUUGCUUUGGGCGCAACAAGCAACGCUGUGACCUGCUCCUCACGGACGCCAACUCCAAACGGGUCUCGAACAUGCAUUUCCGGAUCUAUCUCACCGAAGACGUGAUUCUCAUGCUCGAGGAUGUCUCCACAAAUGGCACCAUCGUAGACAACCACCGCCUGCGCAAGACACAAAAAGACAACAGUCGAAUGCUAACCAGCGGCUCCGUCAUCCAAGUGAUGAACGGCACGCUGUCCUCUGACGAAAUCCGUUUCGUGGUGCGCAUUCCGGCGCGCGAUGGCUAUCAUAUGCAGUACACAGACAAUUUGAUCCGUUACUUCGAGCGUGUUCAAAAGCAUCGGCCAGCUACCGUUGCGGUGCAACCUAAGGUGCGUCACACCUCGGCUCAGCCGAGCUUACAUUUCGCCGUGUCGAACUCGUACGGGAUGCACUGGACGGGCGGUUCGAUGUACAACGUCACUGGUCAGAUCGGAAAAGGCGCUUUUGCGACGGUCUACAAACUCGCAACGAAGCAGCAAGGGAUCGUGUAUGCUGCCAAGGAGCUCGAUAAGAGGCGCUUCAUGAAGAACGGAAUCUUGGACCAGAAAGUGGACAACGAGAUGAAGAUCAUGCGGGACCUCAAGCAUCCAAACAUCGUUCAGUAUGUCGACCACCACGAACAUGAUCGAUGGAUCUACAUCAUCAUGGAGUAUGUCCCAGGUGGCGAGCUGUCCACCUACUUGCAAACCACUGGCAAGCUUCCCGAAGAUAUGGUCAGGCCCGUGGCCCGUCAGAUCCUCCACGCACUGCAUUAUCUUCACAAACGGAAGAUUACCCAUCGUGAUAUCAAACCAGACAACAUCUUGAUUGCAUCACUAGACCCCUUAAAGGUGAAGCUGUCCGACUUUGGUUUGUCAAAAGUGGUCCAGGAGGAGACGUUCCUCAAGACCUUCUGUGGCACACUGUUGUACUGCGCUCCGGAGGUGUACCCCGAUUAUGAGAACUACCGGCGCGGCGAGGUCAGGAAAAGACGCAGGCUGGGUGAUCCGCCACCGAAAAAAUCCCCGUACGACCAGUCUGUCGAUAUGUGGUCCCUAGGUGCGGUGUUAUACCACAUUCUUGCCGGUGUUCCAGCGUAUACGGGACGGGGGGACGACCGAGGAGCCCAGAUGCUGAGGAACAUCAUGACUACGGAUGCUGACUUCGAUGUACUACGGCGGGAGGGCAUCUCCGAGGCUGGAGUCGACUUUGUGGCGCGACUGUUGAACCGGGAUCCGCAUUCCCGUCCAACGGAGCGAGAGUGCUUUCAACAUCCGUGGAUUGCGGAGGUUGAGGAUAUUGACGAGUAUGAUUACGAUGUCCUACAGUCCAUCAGUCCCGAGGGGCUGUCUGACAUUGGGGAAGAUGUGGAGGAGGAACUGGACGCUUCGCAGCUCUCCAUCCACGAUGAAGAGCAGAUCCCAGAUGACUCCGGUGACAAGGACAGCGAUUUAACACAAUCCAAGCGACCCCGGAUCGACUGCCCUCCUGUGGAUAUCCGCUACCCAUCACUGCCCAAUAUCGACAGCUUUAAGGAAGUUCCCGCUGCUGCUGACUCCACCCCCAGGCGUCUCUUUGGCGAGAUUACGCCCUCCGCCCUGCGCAGCUCGCAUGCGCUAGGGGCUGACGGUCCUGCCUUCGAGAGCGACCAUUUCAUCCAUGACUUCGUUUCCUCCACUGGUGAGUCGAUAAUCAGCGACGGCAACAGUCUGAACUCCGUCCUAUCCCUCCCGGAAAACCCCGUUGCUGGACCCGCACCAAGCUUGAUGGGAGCUGAGAAUCUCGUUGGGCAGCUGAACAUGAACUCCACGUGGCACCCUGGCCUUUCGACCAAUCUCCCGCCCGCCGUCCGGACGCCGGAACGGCAAAUUAGCCCGCGGGAGAGCGGUCCCAUCGGUAACGUAGCGCCCGUUGGCAAUGAGGAUACCCCCAAAGCAUCAGCGUUUAGUCGUCGAAUCGAGCUACAGGUGCCGGAUACCGCCAGCGAACGGUCCAGCCCGGAGACUGCCAACCAGGGGCCAUCGACCACGUCCACGACCACAACAUUGGCGCGUUCAGGGGCUUUAGAGACAAAUCCUGGGGAAAUCUUCGACAUUGAACUUGCCAAUACGAUUGACGCUCGCACUGGACAGUCGAUCUUGGACUACCCAGAGCGCACGGAUGGUGAUGCCCCGAGGAUUCUGCAUCAACCCAAGGAACCCCGGAUGGUCCUCGGCCGGCUGACGACCGUCCCGGGAUCCAUCUUCGACUUAAGUAUCGACCUUCAAGACCGCAUGACCUCGUGGGGCCGUGGCCCCCAAGCGACGGUCUGUUACCCGGACCCGAUGGACACGCGGAUCCCGGCGUAUGCACUGGAGGUAACGUUCUGGGCCCCGGCGAUCGAGAGCCGAAUCCGGGCGGGCGAGGAUUGGAUGGCGGUGCCGGGCGUGAUGGCGAUCCUGUCGACCAAGACGCGGAAAUGCAUCUGGGUGAACGGGACGGAGCUGCGCCGCGGGCCGGACGGGGAUCCCGGUCGGCAGGGGUUCCAUUUCGGCAAGCUCUACACGGGGGACAUCAUCACGGUGUACCAGCAUCGGCACAAGUUCCUGAAGUUCCAGUGCGAGUUCUACCAUGGCGACAGUGCGCGGGCGCGACCCCCGGAAGAGAAGGGUUUCACGGUGCGGAAAGUGCUGAUGCCGAAGGGGGAUGCGGCGAACCAGUUACCGGGGCGGAGAGAGGUGGAGAAGAAGUAG